AUGGCCGAAGGAACGGAACAAGACUCCCCGCCGUCUUCAGCGCAACACGGCACCGGCAAAACGACAGGAACCGGCGUUGAGGGACAGGCCGUGCCGGACCUCAAACAGGAACCGGGCGACGAUAACGAGGGCAGAGCAGACGCGAGCAGUGGCCGUUGUACCGCAGAGGGACGCUUCCAAAACACGAGCCCUCGUCCCGGAGAGGACGACCAAACUCCCGCGCCUGGCGGCGAACCGGACAGCCUCGACGCCGGAGCCGGCGGUAAACUCGACGAGCCGGAGCGAAGUCCCGUUCAGGGGAGUUUGGCGAGCGGCACGGACUUCGCGCAAGAGGGCUCCCGGGUGCUCAAACAAGAACAAAGAGUGGGGGGAAACGUGUCCAGUUCGCCGCCGGCCGACCCCACAAAGGCGGCCGAGAAAGCCGAGCACGGCAGCAAGAGGCCGGCCAGCCUGGAGCUGACCUCGUCGGAUGGAGAGCCGCUCAGUCGGAUGGAUUCAGAGGACAGACGUGCGCAGGAGUCCCCCGCCACCGAGACGGGGCAAAACCGACACUCUGCCGAGACUGAUAAGAUCGUGCCCGAACACGAGAUGUCUGACGGUUCAGAUUCUCUCAGCAGAAGUAAGAACCAACAGAUAUCUCCCAUAAUGAUCAGCGGACAGCGGCAAAUCAAGGCCACAUCACACCCAGAGUUUAAGUCCUCCAUGGGCAUCGCAACCUCAGGCAUCAGCUCCACCUUAAUGGACAUGGACAGCACGGCGUCCAGCGGGCGCUCCACCCCGGCCAUGCUCAACGGCGGCGGUGGGACGGCGGGGGGCGGCUCGGCGGCGACGGGGGGGAAGCCCCUGAGCUACACCUGCUGCUGGGACCACUGCCAGCUGCUGUUCUCCAGCAGCCCCGACCUGGCCGAGCACAUCCGAGCCACGCACGUGGACGGCCAGAGAGGAGGGGUGUUUGUUUGUCUGUGGAAAGGCUGCAAGGUGUACAACACGCCGUCCACCAGCCAGAGCUGGCUGCAGAGGCACAUGCUGAGCCACAGCGGGGACAAGCCCUUCAAGUGCGUGGUGGGCGGCUGCAACGCCACCUUCGCCUCGCAGGGGGGGCUGGCCCGCCACGUCCCCACCCACUUCAGCUCCCAGGGUUCGUCCAAGGCGUCCAGCCAGGGCAAGGUGAAGGAGGAGUCUCCGUCCAAGGCCGGCCUCAGCAAGAGGAGGAAGCUCCGGAACAAGUACCGCCGCUCGCUGCCCCGGCCUCACGACUUCUUCGACGCCCAGACCAUGGACGCCAUCCGCCACCGAGCCAUCUGCCUCAACCUGGCCACGCACAUCGAAAGCCUGGGCAACGGGCACAGCGUGGUGUUCCACAGCCAGGUAAUAGCCAGGAGGAAAGAGGACUCCGGGAAAGUGAAGGUCCUGCUGCACUGGACACCCGAAGACAUACUACCGGAUGUGUGGGUGAACGAGGGCGACCGGCUGCAGCUGAAGACCAAAGUGGUUCACCUCUCCCAGCUGCCCACAGACACGGCUGUCCUCCUGGACCCCAGCAUUUACAGGUGUGUGUGUGUGUAUGUCACUGUGUAA